AUGGAUUAUUCUUCCGAAAUUUCUUUCGAUGAUGACUGCAGUCAGGUGCAAUGUCCUGUGGAAACUAGCCUCUGCCCGCCAGAUAGCGUGGAGCGGCACCCAGCGCCCAUUGUCGACGUACUGUAUGGACCUGAUGAAUUUUUGCCACCACAUGAGUUCUACGAUGAUGACGUCAAGCCAGCUGAUGUAAUUCAGCAUCAAUACGAUGAACUGCCGUUGCACGUGAGUGCUGUUAUGGCGCCAACUAAUACCAGCACAGCCACAGCUACAACCUCGCCUACAACUACAACGUCAACUCAGUCCGCGGACAGUUUGGGUACAGAGUUUUUAGAGCCCAAAAAGGAAUUUAAACGUGAACUGGUAUUUGACAACGCAAAUAUGGAUGAUCUUGAUGAGCACCAGCGUCUGUUGGGAAUAUGUUGUGUCGGUGUAGCGGAGGAAAAUCGGCGACGCCGACGAAGGCUUCGCCGUUCCAGUGUAGCGAGUGAUUGUGAAUGUAAACCCUGUGAGGCGAUACCACAAUGCUCCACAGGUGAAGUGGCUAUUAGGGUACACGAAGCUGCUGGUUCCCCAGGUGAUUGCUGUCCGCGAUAUGCUUGCGAACCGAAACCGGCAUGCGGUGAUACGACCGUUAUUCAGACUUACUGGCAAAAUGCUUGUACACGCUGCAGCUGUUACGGUCCGAAAGGUGUAGAGCUCUGUCACAAUGAAUGCCCCGAAAUGGAGCAGCAGGAGACGGAGCGCAGUUGUUACUCCGAUAACUUGCAGGAACCGCAGUUACAUGGCAGCGAGUGGUAUGAAAACCAUUUUUGUACGAAAUGCCGCUGUGACAAUGGUGUUCGGGAAUGUGUGGAGAGCUUAUGUAAGCCAGUGGGCUGCAGUAAUCCGAUAAAAGUAGAGGGGCAGUGUUGUCCACAGUGUCCCACAGGAGUGGAGGAUAUUUUGGUGGUCCAUGAGAACUCAACAAAUUCCACUAGUCGGGAGCAGAGGCUUCUGAAAGAAACGACUACAGUGUCUUCUACGGUGGGAAGUGCAUCACCGGAAAUGAUUACUGCAUCUACUUUGCCUUCUACCGAGACUUCAACCACAGUUAAGGCUUCUACUGAAUCUUCAACAUUACUCAUUGGUUUUCAUAGUGAAUCUACAAGUACAGAAUCAAUCACAACCAGUCGAAUAACCGAAGCCUCUUCUAGCAGCACUGAAAUUUGGUCUAGUACUAGAAAUAUUAACGACAUUGCAGCUGACGGCUAUUUUGGCCUUAGGAGCAAUUUCACAUUUGAAGGCAGCGAUUCAACGACUCAGGAAAUAAUAGACGAUCUUUCCGAAAGCUUCUCAGUAUCUGUAUUGGCUGCGCAGAGCUACACUUCUUCGCCUACAAUGCCAAGCCAAACGGAGUUCACGGAACCAUCAUCGACAACCUCUAAAGUAAGCACAGCUAGUCAACCUACCUACACUGAAAGUUCCAAUGAGGAAUCCUCGACCCAGAGUACUCAGAGCACAAAAGACCUCAGCACGACUACCAGUACUUCAAUGCUUGAGAGCACAACAACAGUGUCAGCUGUGGUACUUAGGGAAAGUGAGUCUUCCACGGAAUCAUCCACUGAAACUCCAGCUGCCAGUAGCCCUACCGAGUCCACAACGCUCACCAACUCCAGCAACGCAAGUACAUCGCACUUGGCAUCCACCAAAAUUAGUUCCACAACUGGGUUUAGUACCACAACAGCAUCUGGUUCGUAUCCGACAACUGCGCCCACUACAACUGCCUCAACUACUUCUACAACAGUUUCCUUAGCAAGUUCCCCACACACUUUAAGUUCGACUACCAGUACACCAUACUCUUACACAGCAAGCCCAUCGGCAACGCCUUCAACACCUACAACCAGCUCUCCCUAUUCCAGCACCGUUUCCACGCAACCUGCUACAACUUUUGUUUAUUGGUAUACCUUCUCCACAUCUGCACCCUCGCCACCCAUACCGCAGCCAACUGUCUACCAACCCAGCGUGCGUACGUUCUUUACACGCCCCGUAGUGCGCUACAUUGGCGCUACAGUCUUCGUGGCUUUUCUUGCCAUUUGUGCGCUGGCGGUGUGGAAAUUUUGUAUGCCUACGCGCAGCGUUAGGCUAAAGAAUCGAUAUAGGACAGUACCCAGCUCCGAGGCGACCAGCUUGAGUCAUAGUCCAACCACGUCACACUCUUCUAUGGCAUAGAUGAGAAGGUUAUGUAAGCUGCAAGAUUCGUUAGUAGGUGAGAGCUGAAGCGAGAUUAAUUGGAGGGUGGUGCUCAUGCAGUUGAGUAGUGGGCACUGGCUCUUAUUAUGUGUAUAUUUAAAGGUUUUUAGUCAAGUUUAACUAAUAAAGUUUGUUGCUAGUGACAUUUUCAUGAGGAAGGGGAGGGAAAAGAGGGAUUUCUUUUAUGAAAAAAAAAAUACAAAUUUAUAAAGUAUGACUUUCUAUAUUAGACUCAGUAGAGUUUUUUUAGCUAAAUUUCGUAAAGCAGUUUUUUAACACUGACUUUAGGGAAUUUGGUAGUAGGACUAUUAUAUUAUGGCUCCUUCCUCUACCAAACAGUUAAACCCAGCUCCAACUGGUUUGCUGUUUAGCUACCAGUACUAUAAACUGUAUUUGCUAAGAAAUUAUGCCAACAAAACUUAAAGAUAAAUUUAAUGUGAGAUUAGAAAUGCGAAAUAACUUUCCGAAAUCGCAUACCGCAAAGUUAUCUUCCUUUACAAACUUUAAGUCAUAAGUUAGCCAUCACAAUUAAAAGGCUGGAACUAUUUAAUUUAUUUACCCCAUCGAGUUGAAAAUAGUUCAAGUUCAUGCAGUAUUUUCUGGGACUAGUACCCAACUCCGUAUAAGUAUUAACCGAAAGUGAAGUGUGUGUGUGUUGCUUAAUACUUCUUUGGAAAGUCUUCAAUGUAAAAAUAUGUUUUGAGUCCUUUUAAGCACCUCACUGCGUAGGCAACCUCUUCUCGGUGAAAUGAUACGUAGAAGCUUUAAAACGAUCCUUACCGAUGCUUAUUUAAAUUAAAAUAGUCUUGACUUAGUGAACAAACGCUUCUUGAACCGGUCACAAAAUAUCGUAAAAAUAUAUUUUAGAAAUCCCCUCAAGAAUUUGGUCUAUGAAAUGUUUUCUUUGCAAAGAGGGGUAGAUACACCCAAAAGCUUGAAAAGCUUGAAAGACAAAUGGAAGCUAAGGGAUCCUUACCAUCUUUAUAAAUAUCGAGAAGUCGAGGCCACGCAAUGAGGCUCGCUCCUCUCAAAAGCUUUUCUCCAUUGAAAAGCUUUACAAACCUUGAACGGCUCGAACUCCAAAAGGUCAUUGCCUAAUGAGCAUUAGUUCACACGAAGUGGACUUUCCGGCUUAUGACUAACCACCAAUGCUUUACGAGACUGUCUCUCGGAAAAGGAGGGUAUUUUUUCACCCGGUCCAUAAAUUGAUACUUUGUCGAGCUAAAAAUCUCUACUAGAGCAGUUUAGACCCUAUUAGCAUUAUGCGGGGUAACUUUUUUUCUUUCCUUAACUAUCGUAAUUCAAUAAAGGACAACUCAUAGUUUUCCUAAAAGUUCUUUAAGGUUUUUUCCAAUAAUUUUGGGUUCGUCCAUUACCCUUAACGUGGUCACUUCGACCUUAAAAUCGUAACUCACGCAUUUUACCAUUGCCAAGUCCGCAACCAGUAUUCAACAACCUGUAACAGCAGAGUGCUAAACCUUUUCCACAAAUUUAAUCACAGCCUCAAACCCUUUAUUUCCCCUCCGUGACGAUGCACUCAAAACUCUGAAAAUGUCACUCAGCUCUGCAACAAAUUUUAGUUGAGAACAAAAACAAAUGAUUACAACUAAAGCAAACAAAAUUAUAAUUCUCAUUUUAA